AAAAGGGCACCCUGAGCACGUGCAAACAGCUCAGCCUCCAUCCUGGCAGCUGGACAGGAAGACAGGGACAUCAGAGGGCAGAGGAGCCUGGACCCCUCCCCCACCCACCCUGUUGACAGUCCUGGUCACUGAGUCGCAAGCUGUCCCUGGGGAUGGGAGGGCCCUCACAGGACUGCCCCCAGCACUAGGCUUGGGAGGGCUGGGCCAGGGGGGCUGUGACACUGUCCAAAACUGGGUCAGAACUCGGCCUUCGGGAAGUCGCUGGCCCCUCCCCGGGGUGAGGCGAGGCGGGCCCAUACAGGAGGUGCUGGGCCAGAGCUGGAGUCCUCCGGUUGGCUGCAGGUAGGGUGGGCGGGGCCUGCUCCCUGGGACGGGUGGAGGUGGACUGUGUUGGGGCCGGUGUCCCAGCCGAGCACUGCUGCCACACUCCAGGGACGGUCAUGAAGGCGCCAGCGAGGCCACCCCUGCUCCCGUCCCAGGGACUGCCGUUCCUAUUGCUGGUGCUGGCCAUGCAUGGGGUGGCAGAGGAUGUGCCCACCUACCCAUGGUGGGAUGUGGACACGCAGGAGUGGCUCACGUGCACCCAGUGCCCCCCGGGCACCUUUGUCCACCUUCCGUGCAGCCGGGACCGCCCCACAACGUGCCGCCUGUGCCCGCCACACCACUACACGCAGUUCUGGAACUACCUGGAGCGCUGCCGUUACUGCAACGUCAUCUGCGGGGAGCAGGAGGAGGAGGUGCGGCCCUGCUCCGUCAUCCACAACCGUGCCUGCCGCUGCCGCCCCGGCUUCUUCGAGCUUGCGGGCUUCUGCCUGGAACAUGCGCCCUGCCCGCCUGGCUACGGUGUGGUGGCCCUCGGAACUCCCACCCAGGACACGCAGUGCCAGCAAUGUCCCCCGGGCACCUUCUCAGCCAACAGCUCCAGCUCAGAGCAGUGCCAACCCCACCGCAACUGCACGGCCCUGGGCCUGGCCCUCAACGUGCCAGGCACCCCCUUUCACGACGCCAUGUGUACCAGCUGCAUGGGCUCCCCACUCAGCACACGAGAGCCAGGGGGUCCAGGUGACUGGAGGGGGGCAGAGACUGAGGAGUGUGAGCGUGCUCUCGUGGACUUCGUGGCUUUCCAGAACGUCUCUUUCAGGAGGCUCCUGCAACUGCAGCAGGCCCUGGCGGGCGCGGGGGUAUGGAGUCCACCACGGCCAUGGGAGGACCGCAUGUCCUUGCAGCAGAAGCUGUCACGGCAGCUCACCAAGUUCCGUGAGGCACGACCAGGGGCAUUUGUGGAGGGACUGUUGCAAGCUCUGCACACAGCCAGGCUGCCUGGCAUGGAGCGCACUGUCCGAAAGCGCUUCCUCCUGGCCCACUGAGCCCCUUCCUAUUUAUUCAACUGAUUGGGCACUAAGUUUAGUUUUGAUAAAACCAUUUUCUAAAACUGGUUGUGAAACAGUGCUGUCUACUAAGCUAAGAGAGUGGUGGGGGAGACAGCUGGGCAGCAUGGGUGCUUCCUGAGCCCUCAGGCUCCCUGUGUACUGAGAGACCUUGACGAUGGGGAUCCAGGGAGGUGGCCAGUGGGUGGCAGGUGUGGCCCUUCCUGCUGUGUGUGAGGACCUGAGCCUCACCUAAUGACCCCACAGCCGAGCUCUUGGUGGUUGGGAGUGUAGCUCAGGGCCAGCCAAGGAAUAGCAGAGUGAAGGGUAGUGCCCAGGAGGGGCACCCAGUCCAGGGGCUCCACUGUGGAGGAGGACCUAGCUAGCUGCCCCCUGCCCCCCCCCCUUCUGAAUUCCACCCACUCCCUACCAACAGGGACUUCCCACGAGGGACCAGCCAAAGACCAGUCCCAGUGGCUUUCUGGGAAAUGAUUUUUCUCUGGAGGAGGCUC